CUCCCCGCUUCCCCCCCGCCCAUCUCAGCGCCCCCACCCAGACCCGGGUGCACGGUCCGGCGCGCCUCCCUGGAGCAGCACCAAGGUCCCGGGGCUCCAACGGGGUGGGGGCGCAGGGCGGGGAGCAUGGGGAGGGGGCGCCCCGUGUGAUGGGAGGGGGGCGUAAGCGGAGGCGGCGGAGGCGGCGGCGACAGCGGAGCCGGGCCGGGGGCUCAGCGGGGGUCCGGGGGCUGGGGGCAGCGAGCAGGGCGGCCCCAUGGCCGGGCCCCCCUGAGGCAGUCCGGGGGAGUCCCCUCCGCUCCCCAGCUCGGGGGUCUCGGGGCCCCAUGAGCCGGGGCGCGGGCGCGCUGCAGCGCCGGACAACGACCUACCUCAUCUCGCUGACCCUGGUCAAGCUCGAGUCGGUGCCCCCGCCGCCGCCCUCGCCGUCCGCGGCCGCCGCCGGCGCCCCCGGGACCCGGGGUGCCGAGAUCGGGGACCCCGGCAGCCCCCGAGGUGCGGAGGAGCCGGGCAAGAAGCGGCACGAGCGGCUGUUCCACCGGCAGGAUGCGCUGUGGAUCAGCACGAGCAGCGCGGGCGCCGGGGGCGCCGAGCCCCCCGCCCUGUCCCCGGCCCCGGCCAGUCCGGCCCGCCCCGUCUCCCCCGCGCCCGGCGGCCGCCGCCUCUCGCUCUGGGCCGCCCCCCCCGGGCCCCCGCUCCCCGGGGGGCUGAGCCCCGACGCCAAGCCCGGGGGCGCGCCCGGCGCCGCCCGGCGCCCCCUGCUCAGCAGCCCGAGCUGGGGGGGCCCCGAGCCCGAGGGCCGGGCGGGCGGCGGCGUCCCCGGCUCCUCCUCGCCGCACCCGGGCACGGGCAGCCGGAGGCUCAAGGUGGCGCCCCCCCCGCCGGCGCCCAAGCCCUGCAAGACGGUGACCACGAGCGGCGCCAAGGCGGGCGCGGGCAAGGGCCCGGGGAGCCGCCUGUCAUGGCCCGAGAGCGAGGGCAAGCCCAGGGCCAAGGGGUCGAAGAGCAGCGCCGGGACUGGAGCGGCCGCCGGCGGCGCGGGAGCGGCGGCGGCGCCCACGACCCCCGGCGGGGUCGGGGCCGGGCCUGGAGCCCGAGGGAAGCUGUCCCCUCGGAAAGGCAAGAGUAAGACCUUGGACAACAGUGACUUGCACCCGGGACCGCCCGCCGGCUCGCCUCCUCCGCUCACCGUGCCCGCGACCCCGGCGGCGGCGGCUCCGUUAGCCGCGACCACCGCCGCCUCCGCGCAGCCCGCGGGGCCUGCACCUCCCAUCACGCUGGAGCCUCCGGCUCCCGGGCUGAAGCGGGGCCGGGAGGGGGGCCGAGCAUCCACGCGAGAUCGUAAGAUGCUGAAGUUUAUCAGCGGCAUCUUCACCAAGAGCACAGGGGGGCCUCCUCCGGGACCCCAGAGCUUGUCUUCCGGCAGUGGGUCCAGGGAGCUGCUGGGCGCAGAGCUCCGCGCUUCCCCUAAGGCCGUGAUCAAUAGCCAGGAGUGGACGCUGAGCCGCUCCAUUCCUGAACUGCGCCUGGGGGUGCUGGGAGACACGAGGAGCGGGAAGUCAUCUCUCAUUCACCGAUUCCUGACGGGUUCCUACCAGGUGCUGGAGAAGACAGAGAGUGAGCAGCACAAAAAAGAAAUGUUGGUGGAUGGACAGACUCACCUGGUGCUGAUCCGGGAAGAAGCUGGGCCUCCUGAUGCCAAGUUCUCAGGCUGGGCAGAUGCCGUCAUCUUGGUCUUCAGCCUGGAGGAUGAGAACAGUUUCCAGGCCGUGAGUCGACUCCACGGGCAGCUGAGCGCCCUUCGAGGGGAGGGGCGAGGAGGCCUGGCGUUGGCACUGGUGGGCACACAAGACAGGAUCAGUGCUUCGUCCCCUCGGGUGGUGGGUGACGCCCGUGCCAGGGCCCUGUGUGCAGACAUGAAGCGCUGCAGCUAUUACGAGACCUGCGCCACCUACGGGCUGAAUGUGGAUCGAGUCUUCCAGGAGGUGGCCCAGAAGGUGGUGACCCUGCGGAAGCAGCAGCAGCUCCUGGCCGCCUGCAAGUCCCUGCCCAGCUCUCCCAGCCACUCGGCGGCCUCCACGCCUGUGGCCGGGCAGACCAGUAACGGAGGCCACACAAGCGACUACUCCUCUUCCCUCCCGUCCUCGCCCAACGUCGGUCACCGGGAACUGAGGGCCGAGGCAGCGGCCGUGGCUGGACUGAGCACCCCGGGGUCCUUGCACCGGGCGGCCAAGCGCAGGACCAGUCUCUUUGCGAACCGCCGGGGCAGCGACUCGGAGAAGCGGAGCUUGGACAGCCGGGGAGAGACGACCGGGAGCGGGCGAGCCAUCCCCAUCAAACAGAGUUUCCUACUGAAGCGAAGUGGCAACUCCUUGAACAAAGAGUGGAAGAAGAAGUAUGUGACCCUGUCCAGCAACGGCUUCCUGCUCUACCACCCCAGCAUCAACGAUUACAUUCACAGCACCCACGGCAAGGAGAUGGACUUGUUACGAACAACAGUCAAGGUCCCCGGCAAGCGGCCCCCCCGAGCCAUCUCCGCUUUCGGGCCCUCCGCCAGCAUCAAUGGACUGGUCAAGGACAUGAGCACUGUCCAGAUGGGGGAAGGCCCCGAAGCUACGACCCCGACCCCAAGUCCCAGCCCCAGUUCCCUGCAGCUCCCGCCAGACCAGACGUCCAAGCACCUGCUGAAGCCAGACCGGAACUUGGCCCGAGCCCUGAGCACUGACUGUACCCCGUCUGGAGACCUGACCCCCCUGAGUCGGGAACCCCCUCCUUCUCCCAUGGUGAAGAAGCAGAGGAGGAAAAAGCUGACAACGCCGUCCAAGACGGAAGGCUCGGCAGGACAGGCCGAAGCCAAGCGCAAAAUGUGGAAACUAAAAUCCUUUGGUAGUUUAAGAAAUAUUUAUAAAGCAGAGGAGAACUUUGAGUUCCUGAUCGUCUCCAGCACCGGCCAAACGUGGCACUUCGAGGCAGCCAGUUUUGAGGAACGGGACGCCUGGGUGCAGGCCAUCGAGAGUCAGAUCCUCGCCAGCCUGCAGUGCUGCGAGAGCAGCAAAGUCAAGUUGCGCACAGACAGCCAAAGCGAAGCCGUGGCCAUCCAGGCCAUCCGGAACGCCCAGGGCAACUCCAUCUGCGUGGACUGCGGGGCGCCCAACCCCACGUGGGCCAGCCUGAACCUGGGCGCGCUCAUCUGCAUCGAGUGCUCCGGGAUCCACCGCAACCUGGGCACACACCUGUCCCGCGUUCGCUCGCUCGACCUGGACGACUGGCCGCGGGAGCUGACCCUGGUGCUGACGGCCAUCGGCAACGACAUGGCCAACGGCGUGUGGGAGAGCGACACGCGGGGCCGCGCCAAGCCCACGCGGGACUCGUCGCGGGAGGAGCGCGAGUCGUGGAUUCGCGCCAAGUACGAGCAGCUGCUGUUCCUGGCGCCGCUGGGCGCGAGCGAGGAGCCGCUGGGCCUCCAGCUGUGGGCGGCCGUGCAGGCCCAGGACGUGGCCGCCGUGCUCCUCCUCCUGGCCCACGCGCGCCACGGGCCGCUGGACACCAGCGUGGAGGACCCGCAGCUCCGCUCCCCGCUGCACCUGGCGGCCGAGCUCGCCCACGUGGUCAUCACGCAGCUGCUGUUGUGGAACGGCGCCGACGUGUCGGCCCGCGACGCGCAGGGCCGCACGGCGCUGUUCUACGCCCGCCAGGCUGGGAGCCAGCUCUGCGCCGACAUCCUGCUCCAGCACGGCUGCCCCGGGGAGGGUGGCAGCGCGGCCACCACCCCCAGCGCGGCCACCACCCCCAGCAUCAUCGCCACGCCCAGCCCCCGCCGCCGGAGCAGCGCCGCCAGCGUGGGCCGCGCCGACGCCACCGUCGCGCUGGUAUAGUUGCCCAGCGGGAGAGACAGCCCCCCACUCCCCACACGGGGCCGGGCACGACCACACCGGGUGGACCGCUGGACAGAUGCACCCACUCACCUCUCCAGUCCGCACCCCACCUCACGGGAGCACUUCUUCCCUCCCCCCACCCCCCACCCUACGCACACACCUCCCCCUCCCCGACAAGGGCACAGCCCCCACCCCCACCCCACGCCUCCCGGACGACACCAACUCACUUUCCUCUCCCGCAUCGAGGCAUGGAGACCCCCAGCUCGGCACACGCCCCCCCUCCACUCUUCCGCACUCGGAUUGCUCUGGGUCGACCUGGGGACGCGCUCCCCGGCGCUGGCACCUGCCCGCGCGCGCGCGCGCGCGCACCCCCGGUCCUGCCAGUGCGCGCGACGGUCCCGCGGCGGGAGCACACACACCCAGGCUGGCUCCUGGGGCGCCGCCUCGCCAGAGGGAGGGGGUCACCCAUCGGAGGCCAGCCCCGGGGCUUGGGGCCAGUUCUCGGGGACCCCCCACUCCCUUCCAUGCUAAUCUCACUGCCCAGUGAAGCGGGAAGGGCAGCGAGGGGCAGGACCCCUGCUGCCCGCCCAUGGGGGUAGAGGGGUCCCCAACCCUUUCCGUGAAAGGGACCAUGAGGAGUGGAAAUCAGGCCGUCCCCUCACACCCACCCAUGGAUGGAAGCGACAGGGCUGGGGGAGCCGCGAGCCUGGGUCCCUCCUCCGUGCUCCGUCCGUCCGUCGGGAGGUAGAAGGAAAGGAGCGGAGCGGCCGGGCCCAGGGGUCUGGGGAGGGACCUUGUAAUUUAUUGCUUUGUUCCCCAAGUAGGGGAAGGGGCGGGGCCGAGGGCUUGGGGAGGGCGGUUCAGGGUAGGGGGGCGCCGAGGGUGGGUCGGGGGUGGGGUGGGGUGGGGGUGCUCUCGGGUUGUGAGUGUCUGUGACCGUGACUGCGUACCUGUGACUGUGCAGCGCCUGUGGUGACCCGGGGUGGGGGCACUCCUGCACCGGGACCCCUCCCCCACGAUUCUUUCCGUCCAGCCCCCCCUCCCCCCAAGGAGCAGCUCGGACCCGCCCCUCCACCUCGCCCUUCCUCCCAGCCCGGGCUAAGAGGAUGUGAGGUGGUUGGAGGGGGGGUUUCCAGGCCUCCCCCUGCAUCCGGAGGUGGUGGGGGGCGCUCAGCCCUUUCUCCCUCGAACACCCCCCCCCUUGGGCCGUCUGUGUCAGUGGUUUCCGGUCUUCUCUUUCUCUCUCUCUCUCUCCCCCUGGCUAAGAUAUUUUGCAAAGGACCAGGUCACUGAGGAGGGGGGCACGCCUCCUCCCCGGCCCCUCCAGGGCAGGCGGUGUGAAUCUUCUCAACAGCAAUUAAAGAGGAAGUGAUUUUGUCUA